UUUCUCCUGUCAUGGAUAGAUAUUCUGGGAAACUAGACACAUUGACAACAUGGAGGAAACAGAAGAGGAAGAGCAACAAGCUCAAGAAGAAGAGCAACAAGAGCUCAGAAGAGCAAGCUCUUCUGAACUCCCAGAACAAAGGGAAACUCUUCAUCCUUCCCCUUCUACUUACUUUGCUGAUCAAAGAAUUCACAUCCCUGAUGCUGAAAGUAGUAAGUUCAGUUGGAGGAAGUUAUGGGCAUUCACUGGACCUGGGUUCCUCAUGAGUAUUGCAUACCUGGACCCUGGAAACAUUGAAUCUGACCUUCAAUCUGGUGUUGUAGCAAAAUACAGAUUGCUGUGGGUUCUGUUGUGGGCAACAGUGCUGGGUCUGAUGAUGCAGCGACUGGCAGCUCGCCUAGGGGUUGUGACUGGAAUGCACCUGGCUGAGCUGUGUUACUUGGCAUACCCACGUGUCCCACGAUACCUCCUCUGGAUCAUGGUUGAGAUUGCCAUAAUUGGUUCUGAUAUGCAGGAAGUCAUUGGCACAGCCCUUGCAAUCCAUCUUCUCUCCCUCAAGAGGGUACCAAUCUGGGCUGGUGUUCUGAUCACAAUUGUAGACACCUUCAGCUUCCUUUUGCUUGACCGAUAUGGACUGAGGAAAUUGGAAGCCUUCUUUGGUCUUCUCAUAACCACCAUGGCCUUCACAUUUGGUUAUGAGUAUAUUGUAGUCUGGCCAGAACAAGGUGCAUUGCUUGAGGGAAUGUUUGUGCCAUGGUGUGCACAUUGUGGACGCGAGGCUGUCCUCCAAGCUGUUGGGAUAGUUGGUGCUGUAAUCAUGCCUCAUAAUCUUUAUCUUCAUUCUGCUCUUGUCAAGUUAAGAAAGGAAUGUGAGAAAGAAGCCAAGAAUACUUUUUCUGCAAUGCAGAGUAGGGAUGUGAACCGGAAUCGAAAGACAGAGGUUCGAGAAGCCAACCGCUAUUUCUUUAUUGAGGCCUUUGUUGCCCUGACAGCAUCAUUCAUCAUCAAUGUCUUCGUGGUUGCCGUCUUUGCAUCAGGGCUGUCUGGCGUCACCAAUACAGAAGCUAGGGAGACCUGUGAGAAGAGGAAUAUGAGCAUUGGGAUAGAUGACUCUGUCUUUCCUCACAACAAUGAGACUGUUGAAGCGAAUCUGUACCGUGGAGGGAUUUUCCUUGGCUGCCGCUUUGGUCCAGCGGCAUUGUACAUUUGGGCCAUUGGACUGCUUGCUGCUGGCCAGUCUUCCACCAUGACCGGGACUUAUGCUGGACAGUUUGUCAUGGAGGGCUUCCUGAACCUAGAAUGGACCCGGUGGAAGCGAGUUCUGUUGACACGAAGCAUUGCAAUUGUGCCCACUUUCCUUGUUGCAUUUCUGGAGUCUCUUCAGGAUCUGAGUCACAUGAAUGAUUUCCUAAAUGCAAUCAUGAGUCUCCAACUCCCAUUUGCUCUUCUGCCAACCAUCACCCUCACAUCCUCCUAUGCAAUCAUGGGAGAGUUCCGCAAUAGUCUGUUCACACGAGUGGCUGCUUGCCUCCUUGCAUUGGUUGUGAUAGGAAUCAACCUCUUCUUUGUUGGAGACUAUGUCGGGCAGAGAUUGGUUGGAUUGGGUGCCCAGGGAUGGUGGAUAUACAUUCUCUUCACUAUCUUCACUCUUUUCUACAUCCUCUUCUGCCUCUACCUGGUUCUCUUCCUGGCCCACUCUCUUGGUGCCAGGAUCCCUGGUCUGCAGAGGUGUCUAGAGCCCUCUGUGCCUUUUGUUCUCACCACCACGCCUGAAUCCUGAAUCUGCCUUGCCUCCUCCCUCUGGCUCUCAAGAUGGCUGAUUGGAUCAAAGGUUUAUUCCUUUCCCAAAUAUGGCUUCCAACACCAACCUGAAUCCAUUCGGUUAUUGAGUCUGACACAUGUGUGGACGAAUCCAAUGUAUCAAGACUCAGGGAAUGAGUCUGGCACAUCUUCGGAUCAAGAACUAUGGGAGAAUCCCCUCUACAAUAUCUACUUUUCAUGAGGAUCAUCAGGAUAUUUUACUUUGCAUAUUUGCUUUAUCAUAGCAUCACAAUGAUACUCAUCAGCUCUAUGUGAGUGGUGAUUUGAGUGCAAUGAAUGCUCAGUUUCUAAGUAAUGCCAUGGGUCCUAUACCCCAUGAUAGAUCUUCUCUGUACCAUAAUUUGGCUAAGUUUUCACUUCAUCACUGACAUUAAUUUCAUUUUGAUAUGUGGCCUUGUUCUAAUUGCUUAUCUGUAUCAUAUUUGGCCUGCUUUAGCCAUGAUUCAAUCGCUCCCUACCUAGUCAGUCUCCACUAAUUUCAUUUGAAAGUUAUACAAUUGAUUCAAAACAAAUCUGAAACUGUUCACACACUUUAACCUCAUAGAUUUUGAUAUGUUCAAUGUUUUUUGGAAAGAUGUUCCAUGAGAUUGUUCAGGUUAUCAUGAUGAAACUAUAUAAUCGUCUGAGUGCCUGCUUGUAUUUGUUUAUGCUGAAUUUCACUCUGAUCUCAAGAAUAUUAACUGGAUAAAGAGAUUAUUUUUUGCACAAAGAUAUCUUUUUAAGAAUAAGAUUUAAAAGACUCCUGAAGGUUAGGCAACAGUAACCUGUUGUAACCUUUAAUUUUGACCAAUUAAUUUAUGUAUCUAUAUUUACUGAAGCAGUCUUUUGAUAGAUAAAUAGUGCACGAAUUGAAUCAUAUUUAAUUGCAGACACUUUCCCAUACCCA